GCACACGGUGGCGAUCACGUUCUAUUGCAACUGCCCUUUUCAAGGGAACGCGUUUGGUGCUCCACAUCGACUCGCACGCCGAACGACUGUCAAUUCGAAAAACAAUCGGUCGAUCGAUCAGCAGCGAUCAAACACCGUUAGUUAGCCGCGGUAGCUCGUGCUAAGCACUCGAAUUCGUGUAUUGUCGCAUGUUUUGUGUCGAUUGAUAGUGUUUCGGAAAUUUUGGAAACUCAAAUCUAAUCACGAUAUAUGUUAGCUGGGAAAGUGGAUUAUCGAUUAGACUAACAUUGUGCGAUAAGCAGAGAACUACAAACUUGACUGUUGCUCUGUAAUUGCCGUGCGCAGAGUUCAAUGUUUAGUCUUCCCAUAGUUGUCGUUUGUAUCGAGUGUUGAAAGAGCCAUCAAUCAUGGGUGUUAAGGUUCAGAAUCCAACGACUGCACAAAUCGAGGAGUUGCGUCAACGAUUCAAUACUAAAUACGCUAACUCGCCCCCAGCAGAACCCUUCCAUCCCAUCGACCUGGAUCGCAUUCGAAACGAGCAACUAUGGCUGCAACGGUUUCUGGAAAUGCACGAUUUGGAUAUGGAGUCAUCCUUCAAACAACUCUGGGAGACAUGCGUCUGGCGUCAGUCUUAUGGGACCAACGAUUUGGAUCAUACUCAAUUGAAUCAGGAGUACUUAAAUCAAGGCUGUGCUUUUGUGCAUAGUCAGGAUGUGGAUGGCAAGCCACUGCUCAUAUUUCGUGUCCGAUUGCACAACAAAUCAAAGAAUCUAGAUGAACUCAUACGCAUUGUCGUCUAUUGGAUUGAGCGUGUACAGAGGGAGAAUCAUCUGACCCAACUGAGCAUAUUCUUUGACAUGUCUGGCACGGGAUUGGCCACAUUGGAUCUGGAUUUUGUAAAACGUAUUGUGGAGACUUUUAAGCUCUACUAUCCAAAUGCACUCAAUUAUAUACUGGUAUUUGAGCUGGCCUGGGUACUAAAUGCUGCCUUUAAGGUCAUCAAAGCUCUGUUGCCGCCAAAGGCAGUUGAGAUAUUGAAAAUGAUAUCGAAAAAGGACGUCACACAGUACGUGACCAAGGACAACUGUCUGGCUAGCUGGGGAGGCACUGACAACUAUGAGUUCAGCUUUGUCCCAGAGUCAAAGCCUGCAAUAUCCAAACCCGUGGCGGCAAAUGCCGGUGACGCCGAGCAACCACAUCAGGAUACGGCCAACGAUAAGAAGGUACACUUCGCCAAGAGCGCUCCAAUGGUGCUGCACGAUACAAACAUAGGGGAACUGCACACACCCUCGGAUGGAGAGGGUAUGUUGCAAUUGGAACCAUCAGAGUAUGUCAAUUUUUGCCCAAUCACUGGGGAUGCCAAACUGACCCUCAAGAACAUGACGGAACAACCGGUGGUUUACAAGAUUCAAACCACAUCACCGGAAAAGUUUCGUGUACGUCCGCGCUGCGGCGUUGUCCCAGCAAAUUCCACCGCAGAGGUAAACAUUUGGCUCAAAUCGGAUCAUCAGCUUAGUCCAGAUGCAAAAGAUAAAUUCCUUGUCAUGGCAGCAUUCGCUCCGAGCGUUGACUGCAGUACUCAGGAGGUGGCAGACAUAUGGAAAGAAAGGGGCACAAAUGAUCCAGAGGUGGAGAAUCAUCGUCUUGUCUGUCGCCUGACGGGAAAAUCCAAGGAAUCGGGCGCUAAGGGCGAAGGACAAGAUGGUCAAGGCAGUCGCGUAAGUGAAUUUGGACCACAACAAUUGCGGGAGCAGAACAAAGAAAUGUCAGCUCAGCUGAAACACACAAGAAAUUUACAAUAUGCAACAUUAUUCCUAAUAUUGCUACUAUUUGCGGGCUUUGGUUUUUUGCUUUUUGAGCGAUUUCAUCAUUCCAUUGGGGAUCAUCAUCACGGAUCUGGCACAUGCGAAAAGACGACAGCAUUUAAGUGUGGAAAGCACAAAUAAUAUUUACUGUCGAAAUGCAAUCUGACCAGGCUAGACGAUGCCACUGUUAGUCACCAAUCAAUCCAAAACAAUCAAGUCCACAACAACAACAACAACGGAAA